AUGCUUACGCAGCACGUGCUCGACGCGCUCAACGACGGCCGCUUGCAGCAGCAGUGCGCCCUAGCAGCACCUGCAAACGAGUUUGCGAGCGUCAAAGAGUAUGGGCUGCUCUUGGGGGAUGCGCUUGUUGAGGACAAUCGCCUCAACGCUGCCGCUGGCAUGCAAGGCAAGGCUUACGAGAAGUACGUGAAGGUGACGGACGGCAGCAUUGGCCACGAGAAUGGUGCGACCGUGGUCCGCGGACGCGUCGAGAAGUUUCCGUCUACGAGCAGUGCAUUCCAUGGGAUGUUUGUUGCCGUGCGAAAAUCUGGUGAGCACGGUGCGCUCAUCUGUGCGGCAUUUUGCACGAGCGCAACCAAGGAACGCGUCCUGCUCAAGGGCAUCCCGCCCGAUCGCGUUUCUGACGUGCAGGCCGCCGCCUGCACUCCAAGUGGCUUGCACGUCGUGCCCACGCACAGGGUGCAGUUUCAAGUGGACGACCUCGAAGCACUCCACGCAUUUGCCGACAUGCAAGACCGGCCACCUGUCCUGCCCUAUCUGCUGCGGCCACGCGUUCCACAGGGCGGCGGUCCCACGACUACUCACGUGGCGGCUGAUACUUUCAACGCGGAGCAGUUGGCUGCAGUGAGAAUGGUUGAAGCGCACGCGGCGGGCGGCAUAGUGGCCAUACAAGGGCCGCCAGGCACCGGCAAAUCCCACGUUAUCGCUCGUGGGCUGCUCUCGCCGGCCAUGGGACCACUGCUCGGCCGCAUUCUUGUCGUGUGCAACUCGAACCAAGGGCUCGAUUCGGUGCUGGAUAAGCUCAACAAGACGAACCCCGACGCUCACUCUUGGGCGUGCCGCAUCGGUCACGAUGAGAAGGUGAACGAGCUGCUCAAGUCUUACUAUAGGGGCGACGUGGAGGCGGACGUGACUGGGUUCCGCGUGGUCUUCACCGUAGGCUACCAGGCGGGCCGUCUGAAGGGCAAGAAGGUGGACGGCGUAGCACCAGAGCUGCCGCCGCGGAAUUUCGACACGGUCAUCUACGAUGAGGCGUCGCGCGCGGGCGAGUCGGACAUCGCCAAGGUCGUGCUGGCCAACCGGACGACUCUCCGGCUGAUUGUGCUCGUCGGCGACCAGGAGCAGCUGCCGCCGAUCGUGCAUGAGGCGAUGCAGGCCACAGGCUUUGGACGCAGCUGCAUGGAGCGCAUUCUUGUCGCGCGAGCGGCCAGCCCGACGCACAUCAUGCUGAAGGAGCAGCAUCGCAUGGCGCCGCAGAUCAGCGCCAUCGUCUCGGAGUUGUCGUAUCGCGGCGAGCUGCGCUGUGGACCGACUGUGCGCGGGCCGGAUGUGAAUGGGGCGCUGCGUGGGCGGUCGCUCAUUGGCAUCAACCUGCUGCCGCCCUUCGCCGAGGAGGACCAGUUCGUCGGCAGCGCACGCAGCUUCGUCAAUCGAGCGGAGGCGAAGGCUGCGCACGCCGUGUGGCGCUGGCUAAAGAGGCAUGGCGACGCGCUGGGUGUGGGAGGACUGUGCAUGGCCGAGCAGUGCGCGAUCAUCACCAACCACCUCGAGCAACGCGCCGAGCUGCAGGCGCUCAUCGGCAACGUCCCGCGCGACCAGAUCGCCUCCCCGGGCAGGAGUGGCAGCGUCAAGCACCCGCCCGAGAUCAAGAUGCUGCUGGACACCGUGGACACCGUGGAUGCCUACCAGGGCAGCGAGCGCGACGUCGUGGUGCUCUCGCCGCUAGCGACCAAGCGCGCGGGUGACCGACGGCUGCUCAAUGUGGGCCUGUCGCGCGCGAAGCGCCUCGUUGUCAUCGUCGGUGCGCUGGACACCCUCGCAGCCGGGGAACACGGCGAGAUGGGAUGGCGACAGCUGGUCCAGCACGUGCGUGAACACGGCGUGCUCUUGGAUGUGUGCCAGCCCAACAUGGCUGACUUGACAGGCCAGCUGGAACAGAUUGUUCAAGCAGUCAAUGGUGUCGGCUCGCAGGCCACCGUGGUUGCGGACAGCUCGCAGGAAGCGGGCAGCGUCACACCCACGCGCAAUGUCAGGCAGCGCACGGGCUGA